CAUGACAUCAAAAACAACUUGCAUGCCCUCACAAGUAUCUAACAGUGAUGCACAGACAAAAAAAGAAAAUAUCCGUUCCUUAACUAUGUGUGGGCAUGUUGGUUUUGAGAGUUUGCCUGAUCAGCUGGUUGAUAGAUCCAUUCAGCAAGGCUUCUGUUUUAAUAUUCUCUGUGUGGGGGAGACUGGAAUUGGAAAAUCAACACUUAUUAACACAUUGUUUAAUACUACUUUUGAAGAAAAUGAAUCCUCACAUUUUUGCCCAACUGUUAGACUUAAAGCCCAGACAUAUGAACUCCAGGAAAGUAAUGUUCAGUUGAAAUUGACCAUUGUGAAUACAGUGGGAUUUGGUGACCAAAUAAAUAAAGAAGAGAGGUGAACAUUAUACCACUGAUUGCCAAAGCAGAUACAAUUUCUAAAAUUGAGUUACAGAAGUUUAAGAUCAAGCUCAUGAGUGAAUUGGUGUGCAGUGGUGUCCAGAUAUACCAGUUCCCAACAGAUGAUGACGCUACUGCUAAGAUCAAUGCUGCAAUGAAUGGACAUUUGCCAUUUGCUGUUGUAGGAAGUAUGGAUGAGGUAAAAGUUGGAAAUAAGAUGGUCAAAGUUCGCCAGUACCCUUGGGGUAUUGUACAGGUGGAAAAUGAAAACCACUGUGACUUUGUAAAGCUGCGGGAAAUGCUCAUUUGUACAAAUAUGGAGGACCUUCGGGAGCAGACCCACUCUAGGCACUAUGAGCUUUACAGGCGUUGCAAAUUGGAGGAAAUGGGCUUUACAGAUGUGGGCCCAGAGAGCAAGCCCCUCAGACUUUUUAGUCUUCAGGAGACUUAUGAAGCUAAAAGACAUGAAUUCCAUGGUGAACGUCUGAAGAAGGAAGAAGAGAUGAAGCAGAUGUUUGUGCAACGAGUAAAGGAGAAAGAAGCCAUACUGAAAGAAGCAGAAAGAGAGCUGCAGGCCAAAUUUGAGCACCUUAAAAGACUUCACCAAGAUGAGAGAGUGAAACUUGAAGAAAAGAGAAGAGUUUUGGAAGAAGAAAUAAUCACUUUCUCUAAGAGGAAAGCUACCUCUGAGAUAUUCCAAAACCAGUCCUUUGUGGCAUCAGGUAGCACCAUGAAGAAGGAAAAGGACCGUAAGAACUCCAAUUUUAUAUAACACAGGAGUUCCAGAGCAUAAGAGGUCAUCACAAGCAAAAGUUAUUAAAAAGUUAUAAGUAUGCUUUUGUUUUCUUCCUGUUUUUAUUUGCUUUAUCACUAUUUGGCAAACAGUCACAGCUACUGACACAUAUGGAAAAAUGUUUUCAAGUAUAAGGUCAAUACAUAAGCCAGAGUGCAUAUUUCUUACAUAUUUAUUGUUGCUGUUUUGUGAUGAAUCUAGGUCUCUUUUGCUGUUACCAAGUUAUUGUCACUUUGCCAUGCAUUGUACCAAAGAGCAAAGGCUCAGUGCUGUUGAAAAUCCAGAACCCCUUCAUAUUAUGGGUAUGUCAUUGCAUUUAUAUUCCAGGAUGAACCAUAUAUAUACUAAGCAAAAAAUGGGAGUAUGUUUUGGACUGUAUCAUAAAGCUAAAACUCUAACUUUUUAAUUUGUGAUAUAGUUACCCAAUUGGUUAUAUCCUGAGCUUUUCUGUCAAAUUAUGUAUCAUGA